AAAGCGUUUAGUCAUUACGAUAUUUGUAUCAAAUAACAAUCAACGAUAUUGUAUUAUGGUGAGUAUUUUCAAGUGCCCAAACAUGCAUUGGCUAAAUUUCAUACCGUAUCUGCAUGAAUGCUACCCUGUUAGUAGCUACCCUGUUAUUUUAAUGUAAAUUAAAUAACUACCCUGUUUUUAAAUUAUCGUGAUGGAGUUGGUUGGUAUUUUAGAAAUGUCUAUGCUUUUACCAAAAUAUUCGGAUAUUGAGCAUUAUGUUACGUUAGAACCGCAGACAUCAUAUAUUUUUCGGUUUAUAAUUCAAAAUAUAAGUAACAUACAACAAAGCAACGGUAAACAUAUACUUUCGAAUGACACUGAAGAAGCGGAAUACUUAGUACAGUCAUUGGUUGAUAAGUACUGGGAACGUAUACAUACAGGUCACUUCUCACAAGUGUCUCAAGAUAUACGAAAAAUUUAUGCUGUUGGAAACUAUUUCAAGAUCUUUUAUUUGUUAUUUAGAAAUUCAGAAGUUGAACAAUUGGCUAAAUGUAAUGAAAUACUGGAUCAAGCGAUACUUCUAGGUUGUACACAGAAUUUAUAUGUGAACAACGUGAGAUUACAGAAUUGUCUACAAAAAUAUUUCAGUGCUGUAUUAUAUGCUGAUCUGCGUCUACCAAUAAUAAAGUCUUUACAACGACAAUUACUGAGGUGUGAUAUACCUCAGUACGAUUGUCCAUCUAUAGAUUUUUUUCGAAAAAAUUGCUUUGAAACGAAGUGCCCAGCAUUGUUAUUAAAUUCGAUUUCUCAUUGGUCGGCAUUGGAAAAAUGGAGAGAUUUAAAUUAUAUAAUUAAAAUAGCUGGCAAUCGUACUGUUCCAGUGGAAAUUGGUUCUAAUUAUACAAGUGAAGAAUGGUCACAACAAUUGAUAAAAAUACGUGAUUUUUUACAGAGGCAAUUUUGUGGAAAUAUAAAAGAUUCUGAAUUUGAAAUAGAAUACUUAGCGCAGCACGAGCUUUUUGAUCAAGUACCAGAAUUAAUGAAGGAUAUACGUAUACCCGAUUAUUGUAUUUUGGCUACGAAGGCUGAACAGAAGGUUGACAUAAAAGCAUGGCUUGGACCAAAAGGAACUAUCUCUCCAUUGCAUUAUGACCCGAAGCACAAUUUACUUUGUCAAGUUUUUGGAGCUAAAACAGUUAUUUUAGCCGCACCAGAAGACAGUUCGAAUUUAUAUCCACAUAAAACACAAUUCCUGAACAAUACCUCACAAAUUGAUGCUAUUAACUUAGAUUUGCAGAAGUAUCCAAAAUCAGCAAAUGUCAAAUUUCUUCAAUUAACCAUACAAGAAGGCGACUGUUUAUACAUACCAAAGAAAUGGUGGCAUUAUGUACGCGCCGAAACAGAAAGUUUCUCAGUGAGCUUCUGGUGGGAAUAAAACAAGUUUUUAUUUAAAAUAAAUUAUAUAUAUAUAAAAUUAUAAAAUUGUGAAAUAUAUGAAAAAUUUAGUGCAGCAGUUAGUU